AAGUUAGUUUUGAGAAGGAAUGCCAAACACCAACUAAAAAGAAAUUACAUAAAUCAUUUGAUAGACGGAGUUGAUCAGGCGGAGAUCCAACAAAUCCAUCGGGUUUCAAUUAUGAAUGACGAUUACGAGGCUGAGCAGAAGAAGCAAAGUGCUGCCGAUGUUAUGUUUCAGUAUUCGAAUUUUGUAAUGGCAUGUGUUGGAUUUCAAGCUCGGCCUUGUGACAUGAGAUUGCAUUUGAUGAAGGAGAUAUCGGGGAUGCCAUCUUCACUAAAAAGGGAGACAUCCCAAGUGGCUGCAUCUCCAGAUGCAAUGGGGGAGACAUCAAGCUCUGGUACUGCAAGACUUGACAAAGCCGACAGUUUUCGCGCGUUGUAACUUUUUAUCGGCUGCUGGGUUGGGUUUUAAUCAAGACUGUUUAUAGAGAUUAUGUAUAUGAUUGUUGGUUUUUUUAACCAGGAGUUUGUUAAUGGAUAAAACGUUUUAAAUCAUUUUAUAAUAGAUUUAUGUUAAUACUUUA